AUUCCCGAGUAUAUUUUAUGUUUAUUUGCUGACAGCGAAAACGAGCUCUGACCGGUGCUCAGUUGAUGAUCUUCUACCGACCGUUUGGGAUCUCUCUCGCACAAAGCGCCGCCUUAAGAUGAAGUUCUUCCUAGCUCUCUUCCUACUCCUCACCCUGCUGGUGGUUUCCAGCCAUUCCCUGAACAUCCUGGGCAUGUUCCCGCACCCAGCCAUGAGUCACUUCAAGUUCUUCCAACCCAUAGUGCGCGGCCUGGCCGAGGCGGGUCACCAUGUGGAUGUCAUCAGUCCCUUUAGGGAUGAGGAGCCGCCCAAGGGCUACAAGGAUUACCAGUUGCCGCCAGCCUCUCUAACAGAUGCCAUUCACCUGGAGGACUUUGAACACCCUUUAAGCUUCCUUGCCCACUACGUGGAGUUCUUCAUCCUGUACAAAAUGGGCAAGGAGGCCUGCAAUACCACGCUAAACAGUCAGGCUCUGGAGGAGAUCCUCAAGCAUCCUCCUGGCUACUAUGAUGUGAUCUUGAUGGAGCAUUUCAAUACGGAUUGCCUGAUGAGCGUGUCCCAUGUGCUCCAAACACCGGUUAUAGCCAUGGCCAGUUGUGCCUUGGCUCCCUGGCACUAUGAGAGAUUUGGUGUCCCACUGAUACCCUCUUAUAUAUCGGCUCUGUUCCAGGGAAAGUCCCAGGAGAUGAGCCUGCCUGGGAGAUUGGCCAACUGGUUUACUGUACACUCCAUGAAUUUGCUUUACAAAACCCUCAAUGUUCCUGCUGGCAAUGCCUUAAUCCGUCAGAGAUUCGGUUCUGGCCUGCCCUCCACCGAGGAAUUGGUGCGCAACACCUCCCUAAUGUUGAUUAACCAACACUAUUCUCUCAGUGGACCCAAGCCACUGCCUCCUAAUGUAAUUGAAGUGGGCGGUGUGCACAUAACCCCACCCAAGCCUCUGCCUAAGGAUCUCCAACAGCUGCUGGACAAUGCCCCUAAAGGCGUGAUCCUCUUCAGCUUUGGGUCUCAGCUAAGGCUGAGCUCCCUCUCUGAAUCAAGAAGAAUUGGCAUUAUCCGUGCUUUGGGGCGACUGGAGCAGCAGGUGAUCCUGAAGUGGGAGAACGACACGAUGCCGAAUAAGCCAGGGAAUGUGCACAUCAGAAAGUGGCUGCCACAGCGGGAUAUCCUGGCUCACCCCAAUGUCAGGGUUUUCAUAUCCCAUGGCGGUCUUAUGGGCACCACAGAGGCAGUGGCCAGCGGUGUGCCCAUUGUUGGAGUGCCCGUCUAUGGUGAUCAAUCCUUGAAUAUAGCAGCUUUGGUGCAGCGAGGAAUGGCCGUGCAGUUAGGUUUCAAGAAGCUGGAUGAGGAAUCUCUUUAUGAAGCUGUUACCAAGGCUUUGGAUCCCACUUUCAAAGUGAGAGCCAAGGAGGUGGCCUCGACUUACAAUAGUCGCAUACAGACGCCCUUGGAGACGGCCAUCUGGUGGGUGGAGCAUGUGGCGGAGACUCGAGGUGCUCCUCUGAUUCAGCCCAGUGCUGUGCAUCUCUCGCGCUUUGUCUAUCACUCCUUGGAUGUGUACCUAGUGGUGGCUCUCCUCCUGCUGCUUCCAGUGUUGGCAAUAAUGGGUUUGAGGCGUCUUUGUAGGAGUAGUCACAAUGGAGGAGCAACCAAGAUAAAGCACAAGCGGAUUUGAUAAUCCCAAACCACUUUUAUAAUAAUAAAUAAUUAAAAAAUUAUCAU